AUGUCCGACGGCGCGUACAACGGCUUUCCGCCGUCCAACGGCGACCCGGGCCCGUCCUCUGCGGCAUUUUCGCUCAACUCGCCGCACGUCGGCGCCCGUGCAGCGGCGUCGUCGGGCCCCACCAAGCUCAAGAUCAGCUUCAAGGCCGGCGAGGCUGCUGGCGGGCGGCACACGUCCUUUCUCGGCGAGUACGACCGCGAGCUGGACGAGCAGCCCGACGAGCCGCUGGCGUUUGAGGAGCAGUUCAUCCUCCGCGUCCCGCCGCACGUCGCCGAUGGCGGCAAGGGCAGCGACGGUGGGCUGCGCGACCUCGUGCGCGGAAAGGGGCGGGGGCUCGACGGCGUAGAGUUCAAGUUUCUCGACCCGCGCCGCGGCGUGUUCAAGAUUGGCAACACUAGCUAUGCGACCAAGCUCGUCGACCUGCCGUGUAUUGUCGAGUCGCAGAAGACGGCCGACUCGCGGCACUUGUUCAAAGUGGCCGACAUUUCGCAAAUGCUCAUCGUCGGCGACCCCGUCACGAGCGAAUCGGCCAUCACGGCGUCCCCGCUCAACGUCGACGACUAUAUCUGGCAACACGGCAUCACCCCGCCGAUGCGGUAUGCGCGUAAACGGCGGUUCCGCAAGCGCCUGUCCCGCCGCACCAUCGAGGUGGUUGAGGAGCAAGUGGAGGAGCUGUUGAAAAAGGACGAAGAGGCCGACGAGUGCACGUUUGACCUCAUCGACCAGAACCCCGACCCGGACGCGCCCGACAGCUACUACAUCAACUGGACGCCCGAGGACCAGUACUAUGGCCAGUGGGACGGCACCGACGCCGGGUCCGAGGCGUACGACGACCCGGGCACCGCCGGCGCCGACUGGUACGAAGGCGACGGAUACGGCGAGGGCGAGGAAGGCGGCGAGUUUGAAGAGGGCGAAGAGGGGGACGGCGACGAAGACGACGUGCUCGACGAAGACCUCCAGGCCGCGCUCAUGGAGAAGAUGGAGCAGUCCGAUGCGUCGGGUUCCGACGACGACCUGUCGGGAACAGACGAAGACGACGACGACGACGAUGGCGGCGCCUCGGACCAAGAAGACGAGGACGAGGACGAGGAGACGACCGAAAAGCGCGCCAAGAUCAAGCAGUACACCUCGGAAAUCAAGCAGCUCGAGACUCUUAUCGACAAGAAGCGCGCAGGGUUCACGGGCGGCAACCCCAUCAUUACAAAACGUUUCGAGGAGACCAUCAAGGGCCUGCAAGACGACGUCAACACAAAGGUCGCCGCGCGCCAGGCGCUGCUCGACGCCAUCGAAAAGGACGCGUCGGAUGCCCGCGCCGCCAAGGAGGCCGAGGAACUGGCCCUGGCCCCGCCGGUCGCCACGCCGGCGCCCGAGGGCGCCGAUGCCGAUGCCGAUGCGGACGCCGAUGCGGAAGCAGACGACCUGUUCGAUGACGGCGAGGACGCAGAGUUUGACGCCACGCCAGCCGUCACGCCCAUGCCUACGCCCGGUGUCACCGCCGCCACACCCCUGCCCGAGGGCGAGUCGCCCGCCGUUGCCGACGACGAGUCGGACGAGGACGACCUGUUUGGCGACGACCUCGAAGACGACGGCGACGUCGACAUGCCCCAGGCCCCGCCGCCGGCCGGAAACGACGACGAGGACGACGAAGAGGAGGAGGAAGGCGACGUCACGAUGGAGGACGACGAGAUGGACGAGAUGGCCGCCCUCCUCGCCGCCGAGCUGGGCAACGCGGACCUGGGCGGCGGCGCGCCCGACGACGGGGGUGUCGGCGACGGUGCCGGCGAAGGAGAGGGUGGCGGCGUCGACGCGGACGCGCUGGCCGCCACGGCUGCGCUGGACGAGUACGCGCACACGGCCGAAGGAGCGGGCUUUACGGGCGUCGCGGCCCAGCCACCACCCAUGCCCCAGCAAGUGGUGCAGUUUGGCGUCGAGGGCGGCGUGGGCAUGCGCCGUCUCGCCAGUGGCGUGGUGCCAGAUGACGACGACGACGAUAGCAGCGGCAGCGACGACAGUGACUAG